AUGGCUUCUGAAGGCGUUAACACCAACCCGGCUCUCCACGAGCGCGACGACUCACCACCUCACUCUGGUGAGGAGAAAAUCUAUGAGAAGCACGCCCACGCCGAAGAUGGCUUUGAUGGUGAGGCCGUCAACCUUCAGCACAACUUGUCUGCAAAGAUCAAGAAUCCCCUCGCAAGUCUUUCGGCCGAGCAGGUGGUUCGCGACGUCGAGAAAUUCGCCAAGGACCAUGACAUGGUCGAUCUGACCCCCAGCUUGAUCAAGGGCGCGUUGGUUGCAAAAGACCCUCCCGCUUUCGAAUCUGUCGAGGGUCUCACCGAUGGUGAGAAGGAGGCCAUUCGCAAUGAAGUGCUGCACAAAUGGCGCCAGCCCAAGGCUUUAUAUUUCACCAUUAUUCUCUGCUCCGUUGGCGCUGCCGUGCAAGGCUGGGACCAGACGGGAUCCAAUGGCGCCAACCUUUCUUUCCCGGUCGCAUUCGGUAUCUCUGACUCCAAGACACUGGAAGACGGCGUCACACCGAACCCCCACUACGAGAAGAAUCUGUGGCUUGUGGGCUUGAUCAACGCUGCACCAUACAUUGCCUCGGCGUUCUUGGGAUGCUGGAUGUCGGAUCCUCUCAACAAUUACUUUGGCCGUCGUGGGACCAUUUUCUUUUCGGCUGCAUUCUGCUGUCUGAGCGUGAUAGGAUCUGCUGUGACCCAGAACUGGUGGGAACUAUUCAUCACUCGGAUCUUGCUCGGAAUCGGCAUGGGCAGUAAAGCGUCAACCGUGCCCAUCUUCUGCGCAGAGAACGCCCCGGCAGCUGUUCGUGGUGGUCUGGUGAUGUGCUGGCAAAUGUGGACGGCUUUUGGUAUCUUCCUAGGUUUCUGUGCCAAUCUGGCGGUCAAAGAUACUGGUGAUAUAUCCUGGAGACUUCAGCUGGGAUCCGCAUUCAUCCCGGCUGUGCCUCUGUGGGUCGGCGUGUACUUCUGCCCCGAGAGUCCUCGUUGGUACAUCAAGAAGGGCAAAUACCAGAAAGCCUUCCAGUCUUUGAGACGUUUGCGGAACACGGAGCUGCAAGCUGCCCGCGAUCUUUACUACAUCUUUGCCCAGAUCCAGAUGGAGAACCUCUUGGUCCACAAGUCGAACUAUGUCACUCGAUUCAUUCAACUCUUCACGAUUCCACGAGUUCGACGAGCAACUCUAGCGUCGUUCACAGUGAUGAUCGCUCAACAAAUGUGUGGUAUCAACAUCAUCGCCUUCUAUUCAUCGACCGUCUUUGCCCAAGCGGGUGCGUCCACGACAGGAGCAUUGCUCGCGAGUUGGGGCUUUGGGCUCGUCAACUUCUUGUUCGCCUGGCCGGCUAUCUGGACGAUCGAUACCUUUGGCCGGCGUUCGCUGUUGCUGUUCACGUUCCCACAGAUGGCCUGGACGUUGUUGGCCGCGGGCAUGUGUUUCUUCAUUCCCGAGUCGAAUACAGCUCACUUGGGAUUGAUCGCGUUGUUCAUUUUCCUGUUCGCUGCGUUCUAUUCUCCCGGCGAAGGACCCGUGCCGUUUACCUAUUCGGCUGAGGUGUUCCCAUUGUCGCACAGAGAGGUUGGCAUGGCGUGGGCGGUGGCAACUUGCCUUUUCUGGGCUGCAGUACUCUCGAUCACCUUCCCUCGAAUGCUGGCGGCUAUGACGCCUCAAGGUGCCUUUGGCUUCUAUGCUGCUUUGAACGUUACGGCAUUCGUGAUGAUCUUCCUCUGGGUGCCAGAGACCAAGCAGCGAACAUUGGAAGAGUUGGACUACAUUUUUGCGGUGCCAACUCGUACUCACAUGCGAUAUCAAGUUUCCACUGUCCUUCCUUGGUGGUUCAAGCGCUAUGUUCUGCGCAAAAAGGGUGCAGUUUGCCCGCCGUUGUACACUUUCGAAGGUCAUGUCGACACUGAUGCUGAGUUUGUCGAACAAAUUCGACGUGAGAGCCGGGCAAGCGGGAUGGCACCGCCCCGAAAGAUGAGCCUUGCCAAUCUAGCCAACAAGUUUUGA